GCCACAAAAAAACAAGAACAAAAAAUAAACUAAACUAAUUUAAAUUAACUAUUCUAAUGACAUUAAUAUACAUCAUCUCCAUAUCAUUCCAUGACAUAAAGCGAUUAAUACAUCCUGUGUAAUAAUGUUGCAUUUUUGAUAACAAUACUGUUCCGAGCACACAUUAUCUGACUCGGCCGUGCCAUGUCAGAUUGAGCGUGUCGAAAUAACUUUGUAGAAAAAAAAACAUCUUUCUUACUAAUCUCUAAUUAAGUAUUAGUGUUGUGCUCAACUAUUAGUAUGCAGUGAGUCAUUGAAAGAUUGUCAUUUAUAAUGUAUACUUAACUUUUGUGCCCCAGUUUUAAUUUUUCCAGAAAGUGAUGAUGCUUAAAUAAUACAACUAUGGAUAAUGCAAAAUUAAUUUUGGCGACGCUCUUCCUGCUCACAGCGCAAUCAGUGACGGGCGAUUGUAACUUCACAAAAGAAAUGGAAACUCCGGAAGAGUGUAUAGGAUUCUACGAAUGUUCAGAAACUGUUGGUGAUUUAACUGAAGUUGUCAAAGAUUGGGACUGCGUCCGAGUCGAACAGCGACUAUACUGCGAUAAUAAUGGACAUAUCUGUCAAUAUAUGAAUCGACCUCUGGACAAUUAUUGGCUGAAAAUUAAGGUUGUAAACACAUCUGACAACAUAGACGACAUUCAUAGAAAUAUUUAUGGAUUAUCCCAACACAUACUGACGAUGACUUUGAAGAACGGAAAUACCACCUUUAUUCCCAAUGAAUUGUAUAAUUUACCUAAAUUGUCGUCACUUGAUAUUUCUCAUAACAAAAUAAACAGUAUUAAUUUGUUAUUAAGCUUGAAAAUGGAAAAUUUAAUCAUUUUCAACGCAUCUUUCAACAUAAUUUCAGAAUUGGAAAAAGUGUCGUUUGAAAGUUAUAAAACUGGUUCAAAUAUAACUAUCAUAGAUCUUAGUCAUAAUGCUAUCACAAUCAUACCUGACAAUUAUUUCAGCAAAUUUUCUAAUUUACUUCAUUUAAACAUUUCGUACAACAAUAUUAACAGUUUUACCGUGCUAACGUUUGAAGGUUUGACGCAAUUGGAAACGCUUUAUUUAUCAUACAACAAUAUUAAAACAGUUGAUAUAAAUUUAGCUCGAUUUUCAAAUCUAAAAGAGUUGACAUUAGAUAACAAUGAUUUGUCUUCUUUAGAAGAAAACAAUUUCAAAAUGUUGUCAAAUCUCAUAAAGUUAAAUUUAAGCUUCAACAAAAUUUUCUUUAUAGACGACUUUAGUUUUCGGAAAAUGAUAAAUCUUCAGAGUCUCCAGUUAAAUAGUAACAACAUAACAAUGAUUUCUAAAUCAAUGUUUAUUGAUAAUGCGGCGCUUCAACAAGUAGAUAUAUCUAAUAAUCAAAUUCAUACUAUUGAUCCCUUUUCUUUCAGAGGAACAAACAUAACUCAAUGCAAUUUUAGAAAUAAUGCUUUAACAAUGUUGAAUGAUAAAUCCAUUUUUUAUGGCAUUAAGGUAAAAGAACUUGAUUUGAGUGUCAGCAAUAUUAUCACGCUUGGAGAAAACAUAUUCAUUGAGUUGCACCCCGAGCUACUGAAGCUUAAUUUAAGUUUUGAUUGUAUUACACAUAUUCAUGAAAAUUCAUUCCGAUAUUUGGCAUUGUUGACUGAGUUAGACUUAUCUAACAACAAAUUGCUAGAUUUAGAUUUUGACAUGAGUGAUUUAAAAAGUUUGACAUCUUUUAACGUAGAAAAUAAUCAAAUAAGGGAAAUAACCAAGACUUCGUUUCGACGCCUGAAAUCUUUGUUCAAAGUGAAUCUUUCGAAAAACUCUAUAGAAGAGAUCGAAAUAUUUUCGUUUCAUGAUCUCGAAGCAGUGCGAGUGUUAGACUUAAGUAACAACAGUCUCCCGGGAGUUAUAGCUCCUUACACAUUUCAAGGAUUGUCUCUUACAUUCGAACUUCGUCUCAUGCAUUCUAAGCUCACUUCUUUGCAAGAUGCAGCAUUUUUCGGCAUGACAGCUCUUACCGUUUUAAACGCGUCUUAUGGCGAUGUCAAGGUUUUAGAAUAUAAUGUUUUCAACGGAACUAAUAUUUGGACUCUAGAUUUAUCUCAUAAUUGUUUAGAAAUGUUUAAAGUUAAUAAUAGUUAUCUAAAAUACAUGGCUGUAAUAUACCUUAACGACAAUAAGAUUGAAAACGUAUCAAACGAUACGUUCCAUGGGUUAACCAAUUUAUUGAAAAUAAAUUUAGAUGACAACUAUAUUUUGCAAAUCACUGUAGGUGCGUUCAGUAGUUUACACAAAUUGUCAUCUUUACAUAUUUCUUCAAAUCCAGAUAUGAUAUUAGAUGCUUCGGUGUUUUCAAAUAUGGCAUUGAGAGACGUAAACCUCCAAAAUAUCUGGAAACCAUUUAGUUUUAGUAAUGCAAGAAAUGUCUCAAUGCAAAAGUUAGAUUUGUCUUUCAGUAAUAUAACCAAAGCUAACUCCAUUAUGAUCUAUAAAAUUAAAAAUAUAGAAACCUUGUUGCUUACCUCGAAUCAUAUACGUUAUGUAGACAGAUAUUCAUUUCAGAAUUUGAGUUCUUUGACUUUUCUAGACUUAAGUAAUAAUAUGAUAUCAACAAUUCAAGCAGGAUCUUUUACUGGAACACGUGCACUCUCUAUAUUAAAUUUGUGCAACAACAAUUUGGUAUCUCUAAUUUUCGGCGUUUUUGAUGGACUACCUGCUUUACAAGUACUGAAUCUAACCAGCAACGCAUUAAAAAGUUUUCAAGGUAGAUUAUUUCACAAUAGUCACAAAUUAUCAAUCAUAUCCCUUGAUGAUAACAUGAUAGAAGAUAUUGAUUUUCAUGAAGUCAAAGAGGCGGCAAUCCGAAAAAUUACUAUUGGCGGAAACUUGAUACCUUGUGAUUGUCUUGUGAAAGCAAAAAAAUAUAACUUUGAUGGCGUCACAGUCACUUCUGAGAAAUUAAACUUUCACGUUGAAAAUGUUGAUGGAAUUUCAUGCAAAGGAUCGCAAAUGGAUUCAAAAACAGAUUAUCAGCAAUUUGACAGCGGAAAUAUAAAAGAAAUAGUAAAAAAUCACACACACACAGAAGAGGGACAGUUUUUAGGAAUGACGAAUUUAAAAAAUAUUAAUUAUCAACUAGAUGCUUUAAAAUCUGCGAUUUAUUUCGAAGCUUCGUGCUUACUGAUUAUAGUAUGUUUGUUACUUGGGAUAGUUUCUUUUGUUUACGUGAAGUUUCGAAGCAAAUUGAUCAAAACAUAUAAUUUAAGCAGUCGAAGGCGUUUGACAGAGAGUACAGUUGAAAUGGAGUUGUAAAUAUACAAAUGAUUAGUAAAACGAUUUUGAAACUUGUCAGUUUGCAUUGCUUUUAGUAUAAAUGUCUUAAUGUCAUAUAAAUAUAAAUAAACUAAGAAAUCCCCGUCAGAACUAAAAAUCAUUACAUUAUAGGACGGGGUCCAUUCUAGAAUAUCAUGUAUAUCAUCUUAUAAACUGAAAUAAAUGUCAUAUACUAACGGCCCGAUUCGAAGAAUGAAAUACGAUAACGAUAAGUUCUGGUUUAGAUAAGUUCUCAUUUAGAUAUCGCUUGUAUGUCGUAUAAUUGACAGAAGCAGCGCAAUUCGGGCAACCAAUAUCACUUUGACGUUAGAAAUAUCGUAGAUAGAUCUUAUUGGGAUCACAGCGUAAUCGAAAUAAACGUCAAUUAUGACAUAUCGUUCAGAUCUAGAGCAGUGCCCAACUGGGGAAGUACCUCCACCUUACAGAAAAAAGCAGCCAAAUAACAUUAGACCCUACUCAUAGUGUUGUGUUCUUGCCGGUGAGUAAGGUUGCCAGAGCUCAACGAGAGGGGGCGGAUCUAGGGUCGGCAACGCGCAUGUAACUCCUCUGGAGUUGCAGGCGUACAUAGGCUACGGAGACUGCUUACCAUCAGGCGGGCCGUAUGCUUGUUUGCCACCGACGUAGUAUAAAAAAAAAGUUAUCGAUCUUUUAAAGAUCUUUCCAAGACCUAAACGUGUCUUAAUCAUUCUUCGAAUCGGGCCGUAAGAAAAUGUAACUAAGGCCCCCAGUGGCCCAGGCCGGAUUUGAACCAGCGUCCUCUGUUAUCGCGCCAAGUACUUGAGCCAUUCGGCUACCGGGGUCACAGUGGCAUAAUAUGUCGAAUUUUUCCAAGUAUAUGCAUUUUUUACUGACGGCUUAUGGCGCCCCCUGGCUAUCCCUGAGGUAAGGUAGGGUAUGUAAGGUAAGGUAUAUAUUAUCGUCUUACGCGUAUCGUAAUGUUUCUUAUCUUCACAAAUAAAAACCUAUUAACUA